AUGUCAGUCUACUGUCGUGUGGCUCAUCCUCAUCUUCUUCUAAAGGCAUUGGCAGUUCUGACCAUCACAAAAGAUUCAUGGGCCACCGUUGCUUUCUCAGACAAUGUUGUUGUGCUCCAUGUUGAGGGAUCUGAUCAGAGUAUCACUGCCACGGCAACACUUCCCACAGCACUUUUCUCUGAAUACUCCGCUACAGAUGCACGUUUCAUGGUUCAUCUUGCAUCUCUUCGUGAUGCACUUCUCCUUGGCGGCCCAGCUCUCUUAUCUACAGUAACUCUUGCUCGUAUCGUAUUAGCAUACCCCAUGGGAGAUGCCAAGUUACUAGUUGAACUAACAGAUGGUGAUUGUGUUUUGCAGUCUACACUUGUCACUCGGCCAGUAAAGGAUCACUUGCUAGAUCUACACUUUGGCAAUGCACGGGUGGUGAACAAAUUAACACUCCUUGGCGAUGUCGCCCGGGAUGUUAUUGAGGAUCUGGUGGUGGCCCAAUGCCCACAGGUGGUGGUGGUGUUGGAUCCCCAAGAGGGAGUGACCCUCCGCGGCGAGGGUGGACCAUACGGGGCGGUGACUGUGCAGAUGCGACGUAAUGCGGAGGUGAUUCUUUCCACUCUUGCAGAGGGAAAACAUGCGCAGACUCGCGUGUUGCGAUCUCACUUGGCACUGGCCUGCGGGGUACGGGCUGGCGGCAAGUUACUGCGUAUGACUGGAUCAAAUAAUGAUCAUCUACUGGGAAAUAUCGGACUUUUUAGCAGUAGCGGCGGUGGUGGUGGUGGUGGACAGCAACCAACGUUUGGAGGGUUUGAACGGCUUUUAUUUCAGAUUAACGAGGAACGUCAGCUCAGUGUGGUACACACAACAAGAGAUCAUGACAUUGCGGUGACAGUGAAUGUCGUAGUAUCACCACUUUGCGACCUAUACGACGAAUAA